GUAGUUACGACACCUGUAAGUCCCCGGGAAAAUGGUUUUUAUGUGCUAAACUUUUAAGGCUUACUUUAAUUCAGAUGCUGAGGAAUUUAACAUGGAUUAUGAUGACUUGCAAGUUGACCUUGUAAUGGAAGUAGAGAUUAUAAAUGACACGUCUGAAGAAGAACUGUUGGAACAAGAUGUUUCACCUAGCAGUAGUUCAAGUCCUUCACCAAUUUUACAAAUAGAGAAUAAUGAACCUAAUUUCCUGCAGUUUGAUGAAAAUUCAGAGAACAGAACACCUUCACCAAUAUGCAGUGCAUCAAGUUCUAACCAAGAUCCACCUAUUAAAGUAGAAUCACCAGCUAAACGAAGAAAAGUUAGCAGUGAUGAUGAAGAUGGUGCUCUUUGUCCCAUUUGCUUAGACAAUUGGAUGAGUACAGGAGAGCAUAGGGUAUGUGCUUUGAGAUGUGGACAUCUUUUUGGAUAUAAAUGCAUUACUAGGUGGAUCUUCAGCAACAAGUCAUGCCCCAGCUGUAAAAUGAAAGCAUCAUCAUCAGAUAUUCGAUACAUAUAUGCAAAUAAAUUGAUCGCUAUGGAUGCAACUGAAUUAGAACUAGUAAAGAAGAAAUUGAAUAGUGUUAUUGAGGAGAAAAAUAGGAUAAAAGUGGAUUUGACUAAAGCAAUAUGUAAGGAACAUACACUGUUGCAAGAGAUUGAGAACUACAAGAAAAAAAUUAAAAAUUUAUCAAUUACUAGUAGUAGUUCCCAUACAAAUAGCAGUACUAAACCAGUAUUAAAGUUGAGCAAUUCAUCUCUAGUUUGUCAGCAGGGUACAUGCAGGGUCAUGGACAUAAACUCUCAAAUUGGAAAAUUUGCAAUAUCUUUGAAAUCCAAUAACAACCUAUUUCCAGGUUUUGGCAUUAAAAAAUGUUCCACAGAUAAUUUAGCAAUAGUAGAGUACACACCACUGCAUUCAAAAGUUAUUAGGGACCUGAAAUUUAAUCACAGCAGUUCUUAUUUACUAAGUGUUUCAUUAGAUAAAUCAAUCAAAAUAUCAGACCUUAACAGCAAUAGUACAAUUUCCACAUAUACAUUUGAUAGCAUGCUUUGGUCAUGCUGCUGGGAUGAAAGUAAUCAAAAUCUUUUUUAUGUUGGAAGUCAACAAGGUGCUACAACUAAAUUUGAUUUGAGGAACAUGUCUGAGCCUGUCAAAUCCACUAAGGUAACUGGCGACUGGUCGCCAGUUGUUUCAUUAGUCUCUAUUCCCUCUUGUCGAGGAGGACUAAUGCCUCUAGGAGGUUUCAUCACAUGUAAAUUGAAUUCCAUGUGGUGCUACGAGAAUAUGGGUGGAUCUGUUUAUAGGAAGCAACAAAUCCCCAUAGAGGGUCCGUUCAUCUCAAUGUCCUAUAAUAAAGAUAUCAAUCAAGUGUUGAUAUCCGCUAGACCGAAUUCACGAGUGCCAAAUUCCAGACAUUUCGUUUGCAAUUUCGAAAGACUGCCUAACGAGGAAAAUUUUAAAUUUAAUACUUUGUACACUUUCUACGGAGGCCAAUUGCAGAAACAGUUGUCGCGGUCGCGUUUCUUGCAGCAUGCAGGUUACACUUACGUAACCGCACAAGUUAACAAUACAAUUUCACUAUGGAACGUGAACAACGGUAGUAACAGUUCAGUGCUUACAAACAAUUCAAUUCUAGAUUUGAUGCCGUUGAAGAAUUGCAAUGACUCGUAUCUGCUCGCAUUGUCCGAAAAGAAAUUAGAUUUUUAUAAAUUUCAAAAUUGUACCUAAUUAUUUUAUAUUUGAUUAUUAAUAAUAAA